AUGUCUGAAUCCCCUAUAGCAUCUAAGAAUUUUCAAGGAACAAACUCAGAGGUAUUAAUUCAUCCAGAAACACCAACAAACAGAUCAAAUAAUAGAGCAAUCACAAAUGAAAUCAACCUUCGGAGAAUAAAUGACCAAUACAGGAUUCGAUAUGAAAAAGACAGUCAUCCAUUAAACACAAAUAGAAUUAGAAUAUUCACAGACUUCUUUGUUGAUUUUAGUUAUGAGCCGGCCAUAUAUUUUUAUAAACCGUUAAAGUCAACGUUAUUGGGGAACGAUGAAGUUUACUUAUUACGAUUAGAUGGCUUGAAAGAUAUAUAUCCCCGUCGCAAAAUUGGAAGCUGGGUUAAUGUCUCAAGAUUUAAAUCUUUGUUGACCUACAAAAAAAUUAAAGACUUUUCAAAAACCUUGAAGAUCGAAUGUCUAAAUUUGACUAAAAGAGAGCACCAUUUUUAUACCAAUUUUGAUAAAUCAUUAGACUUAUAUUAUCAUGGUGUUUGGCUACCUUUGCCGAUUGCAAGAAAAUUGGCCUUUCAGUUUGAAAUAUAUGAUAAAAUUGCCCCUUUACUAACCUUCAACAGGGUCGCAACAACAAGUUAUUGCGGUAUUGAAUUCUAUGAAUUUUUUGUUUAUACAAAACUAGACAAGUAUAUUAGAAUAUUAAGAAAAUGCUCUGACAAUUUCAUGAAUUUAAACCAACUAUUUGAUGUUUAUGAAAAUCUUAUAAGUGAAAAUGCGAGAAAAAAUUUAAGAAGAAUAUUUCUCAAAAACUAUAAAAACCAAUCUGGUGUACUCUACGAAAGUAAUGACAAAACCCUUUGCGGUGGAAUAUGGAUUCCUUUGGAAAUUGCGAAGAAAAUUGCUAAUGAGUAUCACAUAUCAAAAUUUUUGGAUCCAAUAUUGAAUUUAAAACUCUACCAACCAAACCAUUCUAACACUAAUCAAGAAAUCAACAAUAUACUGAAUCAACAAUCUGAAACUCAUUAUAAAAUAUCAAGAUAUGAGAUGUCAUUUUUGAAACACUGGGAUAUUAGAUCAAGAAAUUCUAAAAGCUUUAAUGGUUAUCCUGCUCAGUUUGCUUUGACACCUGAAAAACUAACAAAAAUAAGAGGCGGUCAUAUUCCAAGGACAAAUUAUAGCAUAAGAAAGAAUAGAGUGCUCACUUUAAAAACAACAAAUUUUUAUAAUAAAACUACAAAAACAAAUAUUGACAAAGCUGUUACCAUGAAAGAUGUUUGCGAGAUCUACACAUUUAAAGUUCCUCAAAGGAAAACAACUCAGGUAUUUUAUGUUCCAAGAAGAUUCAGUGAUGGUUACAUCAAUAUUCAAUCAUUGAUAAACUGCGCUGUGACAAUAACGAUUCUUGAAAUUAAUUUGAAUUCAGGACAAAGUAAAAGUGAUUUCGAUGAUGAUAUAUGGGUUGAAAAUGUUCUAUACUAUAGGGAUAAACUAAAUGUGGUAGAUUAUCAAACAAUAUACAUUGGCUACUCUUUAACAAACUCCUAUGAGACAUGUUCAUCAAAGAAAAAAAUAGAUCUUUCAGAUAUAUCUCAAGACGAAAUUGAGCUAGCAACUUUGGAGAAAAACAAAGGAAAGAUUUUAAACGGAAAAUGGUGUUCAAUCAAAUUUGCGCAAGAAUUAAUAAAAGAGUUUCAUUUCAACCAGAGUCAUCCAAUAAUGAAAUUAUUUGAUGAUAAUGACAAGAGGUUUCCUAUUGAUGACUUUUCAGAUUUUGAUUCAUCAUCAUCUGAAGAUGAUUUCAAUUUAUUCGAAGAACCUGGAAUAACGCCGAAAAACAAUGAACGAGAUGCAACCAAAGAACCAGAUGCUACUGACGAUGAAUGGAAAAAACAAUAUAAUGCUCCUGAUCUAUCUAAGGUUAAUAUUUUCAGUCUCUCUGAAAAUGAAAUUGAUUCAAACCAACAGGAAAUAAUAAACAAAAAAUAUUUUGAUUUGCCUAGUGAAAGCCAAAUUCCAACAAGCUCCAUUACAAGUGAUUUUGAGUUUGAUAAUAACAACAAAGAUAUUUUUGAUUUUUCAACCUCUGAUUUUCGGGAUGAUAGUCCUUCAGUGCUUUUGACUGAUAAUCCAAAAUUUAGGUCAGUACCAAUUCAAGUUACAAAUGGGUUUCAAUCAAAUUUAUAUACAACUCAGGUUGAAAAGCAAGCUGAGGAUCCUAAUUUGGAACAAAUAAUUCAGAUUAAUGAUUCCGAUUCUGAUUUCAAUUCUGAUUUUGAUUCUGAUUUAACUAUUGAAAAAAAAGCAGAAAAAUCAAAUGGAACUAGUUUAAAAAUGUUCCCCCCAUCGGUUUUCUCAACCCCAACUGAUAAAAUUUUACCAAAACAUAAUUUUAAUAAACAUUUUGAUAAUGAUGAUUUAAAAAUAAAAAGCAAUCAUUCAAAAGUUCACUCAGAUAGAAAUGAAAAUGAAAAUGAAAAUGAAAAUGAAAUAUUUACUAAUGCUAAUAACAACAAAAACAAUAAUAUUGGAAAGAAUAAUGAAGAAGAUAAAAUAAGAAUUAAAGCUAAAAGAAAAAUCAGUUCUGAUGAAGUAAUAGAUUUGACAGAGUCGAAAAUUUUGCCAAAGAAAAGGAAAGAUUACUCAAAUAAAGAUUUGGAUUUGGCUUUAGGAAUAGAAAAAUUAGCUAAUGAAAUUUUAUUGUAUAUUAAAAAUAAAGUGGUUGCUUAUGAUCUUAAUAAUUCUAAUGUAGUUAAGAAAAUUAAAAUGAUGAUUAUUCCAAUGAAUGAAUGUAUCAAUGAGUUGAUAAAUUAUGAGUGUUUAGAAAAUCCUAAAGUGCUUCAUAAAUGUUUUUCUAGUAUUUCAGAAUUACAAAAUUUGGUAAAAAAGUCUAACCCCGAUGAAAAAUCUGGUGAUUACCAUGAAAUAAUAGAAAUAUUGAAUUCUUUAACGGCUAAGUGGAAAUUUUUUGAAAAUAAAAACAUUAUAAAGACAAACGAUGAAACUGAGUUGAACGAAAAUAAUAGGUUAGGUAGUAAUAUCGAUUUAAAGAAUAACAAUAGUGCGUCGGAAGACAAAGAGAUUAAAGGAUAUAAAGAGGUUAAUAAAACAGAUUUUAAUGAUAUUGACACAUCAAAUAUAUCCACCGAAGAUAAAAUUGAUUUGAGUGAUAAGAUUACUGGUAAUGUUGAAAUUACCAAAGAUAAUGAAAUUAUUAAAGAUAUUGAGGAUAUUGAAAAAGAUGAUGUUGUUAUUACUAUUUUUGAAAAUAACAAAGCCAUCGAAGGAAAUAUUUUUGAUAAUAAGUCUAUUGAAGAGAAUAAAAAUCUUGAAAAAAAAGACAUUGAGGUUGAAACAAUUAUUAAAAGUAACGAAGCUUCAAAAGAAUUUAAACUCAGCAAAAAUGACAAUUUUAUUGAAACUACUAGUAAUUUUACAAAGAGCGAUAAAAUUAUUGAGGAUAGCAAAAUUUUGAACAAUGUUGAAAACUCUGAAGAUGACCGAAAUAAAAAAAGUGUUGAGACCUCUAGGUUUACUAAAGAUCAAGAAAAUAUUGAAGUAAAUAAAGGUAUAUUAUCUGACAACGAGUUUUUCAGUAUUCUGAACGAAGAAGUGAUGAAUUUACCCAGUGAUGAUUCUAAACUUUCCUCAUUAGGAAGUAAAAUUUCAGUUAACAAAGAUAUACAAACUAGUAAAAACGAUGAAAUAUAUUUGGAUGAUGAUUUAUUUGAAUCGUUAGAUUUUGAAGAUUUCAUUAAUAUCAGUGAUGGUGAAAAUGACGAUGAUAGCGAUAGCAUAAAUGAGGAAAAUCUGAAUGGUGCUCUAGCCAACAACAAAAGAGACAGCUCAAAAAAUCUGGUUACUUUAAAAGACUUUUUUUCCAGUGAUAGCAUCUCUAGUGUGGAGGAAAACAUAGUUGAAAAAAAUAAGAAACAUCAAAGGAAAAGAAAAAGCAAAAGGAAAAAGGAAACAAAAGAUGUAAAACAAGAAUAUUUUGAAGGGCCUUUUGCAAAUAUUGAUUUUCCUAUUGAUCACAAUGUUCCCGAUAUUGAGUUAAGUGAUUCGACCUCUGACUGGGAACAUGGUGAGAGAUACAUCAAAGUAAGCCAACCCAAAAUGUUUUAUACACCCUCAAGAGAUAGAAGGAAUCUAAAAACAUUUCAGGAGCUUGUCGAUGAUGCAGGCUCUGCUGAAAACUCCGGCUCUGAUUCUGAGAAAAUUGAGCAGGUGUUGUUUUGA